AUGAUCAGAAUGCUGCGCUUGAAUCUGAUCGUUUGGUUCGGAUGUUGCCUACUGCUGCAGGCGCCCUGGGUCGUUGAGGCGGGCCACGAGCCACCACCCAACGGAUCGAGCAACCGUCCCACGCAGCUGGAGGAUAUCGAGCGGGACAAUCUGAACAGCGAGCGGCAGGUCUACAAGAAGGAAGCCAUCGCCCAGCACGGGGCCAGCUCGAGCCAAAGCAACAACCACUACUCGGUGCAGAUACAGCAUCAACCGGGCAGCACGGCCGGUACGCACAGUGCCGUGAAAUACGUGACACCGCUUCCGGCUCCGACGCAGACGCUCGCCUACCAGAAAGGUAUUCAUUCCGGUGUCGGCCAGCAGUACGUCAGCAUACAGCCACAACCGUUGCACCAGUUCCAGCAAUACCACCAACAGCAGCAGCAACAGCAGCAGCAUCAACAGCAGCAGCAACACUACCAUCAACAAUCACAACCGGUGCCGCAGGUGCACGAGGAUCAUUCCACCUACACGGUUCCUUCGCGCCAAUCACUCCUCCAGCCGAUAAUCGGUGGAAGUGCACCGGCCAACCCAUAUCUGACGCCCCAGCCUCAAUACGUCUACGUGCAGGCACGUCCACAGCAACUUCCGCAGUAUGCUGCCGACAACAAUCUGCCCCAAUCGCUGCUGCACAUUCUGCCACAAAAUUCGCAGGCUUAUAUCAUGAUUCCAUCGCCGUACUACCAGCAACCACCAGCACCCCAUGCCCCAUCGUCCCCUGGACCAUCGCCGGCUCCGUCAUCAACGCCGGCUCCUCACUCCGCCGCCCAACUGGCCGCGUACGUCAACGAUCCGGACAACCACAUCGAAACGUACUCACACGGCGAAACUGGAGCACAGUCACCGACCGGCUCGGGCCCCUCCGCACCGCCGCAGGCCACCCCGCAGCCCGACAUCGUGUACGCGCCAUCGUCUACGCCUGCGCCCGCCCGCCAACAGUCCCCGUCGGCGGAGUUUUCCAUCGUGAAAAGCGUCGAGCAGCCGGUCUACUACUCGCACGACCUUCCCGCUGUUCCGCAGCCCGGUGUCAAGCUUCCCCAGCAGGUGGAGCCUCUUCCGCAGCAGCAUCUUCCCUUCGGUGUGCACCCACAUUUCCGGCAGCACCAACCUGUCCUUCAUCAUCAACCCGUGCAUCACCAUCAACACCAGCCGCAGCAGCAGCAUUAUCCUGCAUACUUCCAGUCUCACGGACACUCGUACGCCCCUCAGCUCUAUCCUUCCCUUGCGCAUCCGAACACCGGCAUCCUGAAUUACUUCGGCGUGCAGCAGCGUCCGCCGACCAGUCUGCUCGAUUCGUACGUCCCAAGCCAGCUUCAGCUGCACAAACCCGGUGUGCCGCUCUACCCCAGUACCAAACUCGCACCCCACCACCGCCCGGUGGCCGCUCCGGGUGCGUCCUUCUACCAUCAGCCGGGACUUCCGGUGUACCCGUUAAAUCCGCUCCACACAACCGUCCUCCAACCGGCGGGGCCGAUCCACCCGGGACAUGGACACGGUCUACAUACCGCCGCUACGGCCCCCCUGUACGCCGGCGCACCCUCAGCGCCAGCGACCGCUCCGGGUUACAACACAAUCGCCUACUCGGUGCCGCUCGCGUUCACCAAAACUUCCGCCCAAUACAAACGAUCGCCUGGGCUGUUCAGUGUGGCCGGUUUCCCGAGACCGGCGGUGCCGGUUCUUCCGCCCGCUAUCACCAAACUGCAACCGACAAAACAGCAUCCAUAG